AUGGUUGAUACAACUACACAUGCUAUUAUUGAAGAAUAUCAACCAAAUAAAACAUCAACUAUUCAUUUAACUGAUGAAGAAAUAACAAAAACUAAUAAUGGUGAAUGGAGAUUAUUGGAAGAAUUAAUUGAAAAGAAAAAUGAACAAGAAUCUCGUAUUAAUGAUACAAAUAUUGUUCAACCACCAUUAUUUGCUAUACAAGUUGCAUUAGCAGCUUUACUUGUUUCUUGGAAUAUAUAUCCAUCAUCUAUAAUAUCACAUAGUGCUGGUGAUCAAGCAGCUGCUUUUGUUGCUGGUCGAUUAACUUUAGGAGAAACUGUUCGUAUGUUAGCUGUUUCAAUGAGUGAAGAAGAAGUACAAAAUAAACUUCUGAAAGGUAUUGAACAUUUGGCUUGUAUUGCUGUUGUUAAUAGUCGUCGUCGAGUAACAAUAAGUGGUGAUGAAAAACAAUUGAUGAAAUACAACAAAUUCUUUCCAUAUCUUAUCCUAAUGUAUUUAAAGCACGUCUUCGUAUUGAAAAUGCAUUUCAUUCAUAUCAAAUGA